AUGGCCGACCUGGGUUUCGCCCCUGGCCCCCGCUGGCUGCGCCAAGCCCACUUCUACACGCGACCCCGACUGAGGCACCUGUCCCGGCAGCAGCUGGGCCGCCUGACACUCGCGCUCGGCCGCGCCGCGCCGCCGCCAGGGGACUCAUGGUGGGCGGCGGUGGCGGCAGCCGUGGCAGGCGGGCAGGGCGGGCAGGCGCGCGGGCAGCGGGGACGCGGGGCGCCGGGCGCCGCCGGCGGGAGCAUCGCCACGAGCGGCGAGGGUUUCGGGGCGGAGCCACCCUCACAGCUGGCGCUUGCCGCCGCCCGUCUGCUGCUCGGCGUCGCGCUGGCCUGCGGCCAAAGUGGCGGCGCGCCCCAACGCGGCUGCGCGGCCGCGGUGGCGUGGUCCCGCGGCGCCCUGAUCUCGUGCGCGGCAGCCGGCGCGCUGCCGCCGGCCGCGGCGGCGCGCGGCGCCGCCACGUGCGCCGCGAUGCGUGGCGUGCCGCUGGCGGCGGAGGAGCGCCGCGCGUGGCUGGCCGUGUGGAGGGCGUGCCUGGAGGGGCUGAGGGCGAACCAGUGGCAAAUGUCAGAUCAGAGCUUCGGGCUGCUGUGUGAUGCCCUGGUCGCCAGCGCCCGUGAUCCUGGCAGCAGCAGCAGCAGCGGCAGCAGCAGCGGCAGCAGCACCGGCAGCAGCGGCGGCGGCGGGAGCAGGCAGCAGGGCGACUCUGCAGGCGCCGAGCCCUGGCCGCUGCCGGACGGCUGGCUGGCGGCGUUCGAGGCCGCGACGCUGGCCCGCCUGCCCACCCUCCAGCCCUGGGCGCUGCUGCGGCUGCUGGCCGCGCUCGCGGCGCGCCGGCACGCGGCUGGCGAGCGGUGGCUGGGCGCGCUGCUGCUCGUGCUGCAGCCCUGGGGCGGGCGGCUGGGGGCCAAGCAGCUGGCGGGCCUGGCGGCUGACCUGGCGGAGGUGGUUGUUGCACACCAGGAUGCCAGCAUCAACAGUGGCCGCGGCGGCGGCGCGCCCGGCGGCGCGCCGCGGCUGCCCUCUGUGUGCUUGUCGGCGCUCGCAGAGCAGGCCGCGGCGCGGGCCGCAGCAGCCGCGGCGGCGGCUGGGGCAGCUGGCGGGCGGGGGUUGGCGUUUGCUGCGGACGCAUGUGAAGUGGGGGAGUUGCUGGAGGCGGCUGCUGCGCUGCGGGGCCUGCUGCAGGGACAAGGGGGCCGGAGGGCGGCGCCGAUGCGGUGA